AAUGACACUGCUUUUGCGGUAAGCGUAGCGUUCAGAUUGUUCUUUCACUUGCACAGAAGAAGACGACGACAUGAGCAAAAUCGGAAUUAACGGAUUCGGUCGCAUUGGCCGUCUUGUGCUUAGGGCCUCUCUUGAUCGUGGUGCCCAGGUCGUAGCCAUUAAUGAUCCUUUCAUUGGUUUGGACUAUAUGGUAUAUAUGUUCAAAUAUGACUCCACUCAUGGAAGAUUUAAGGGAGAGGUCAAAGCCGAAAAUGGUUGCUUAGUUGUCAAUGGCAAUAAAAUUGCUGUGUUCAGUGAGCGUGAGCCAAAAGCUAUUCCAUGGGCAAAAGCUGGAGCUGAAUAUGUUGUAGAAUCUACUGGCGUCUUUACUACCAUAGAAAAGGCUUCUGCUCAUUUGGAAGGUGGUGCAAAGAAAGUUAUUAUUUCUGCACCGUCAGCUGAUGCACCUAUGUUUGUUGUCGGUGUUAACCUGGAAGCUUAUAAUCCAAGUUAUAAAGUUAUCUCUAAUGCUUCCUGCACUACUAAUUGUUUAGCUCCUCUUGCUAAAGUUAUCCAUGACAAUUUUGAAAUCGUUGAGGGUCUUAUGACUACUGUACAUGCUAUUACUGCUACUCAAAAAACUGUUGAUGGACCUUCUGGAAAGUUAUGGCGUGACGGUCGUGGUGCAGCACAAAAUAUUAUUCCAGCUGCAACUGGUGCAGCUAAAGCUGUUGGUAAAGUCAUUCCAGCCCUUAAUGGAAAACUGACUGGUAUGGCAUUCCGUGUACCGGUACAUAAUGUAUCGGUCGUUGACUUAACGGUUAGACUUGCCAAACCUGCGUCCUAUGAUGCUAUUAAGGCUAAAAUAAAGGAAGCUGCUGAAGGACCUUUGAAGGGAAUUUUGGGAUAUACAGAAGAUGAUGUAGUAUCUUCCGAUUUUAUUGGUGAUAACCACUCCAGUAUUUUUGAUGCUAAAGCCGGUAUACCUUUGAAUGAUAACUUUGUUAAGUUAAUUUCGUGGUAUGAUAAUGAAUAUGGUUAUUCUAACCGCGUAGUUGAUUUAAUUAAGUACAUACAAACGAAAGAUAAUUAAAAUUUUACGAAUAUUUAUAUGUAACACAUUUCGUAAACUGUUCUAUAUGAUAAUGUUAUAUGAGUUAUAUAUCGUUAUUUUAUAGAUCAAAUUAAAUAACAUUUUAACCAGUAGAGUUUCCAACCAACAAUUGAAAAUGUAAGAUUGAGAAUAUUUUUAGUAAACCGUUUCUUUCGCACACUACAUAGUUGUAACUAAUAAUAUCUAGGCAAAGCAAGUACAAAAGGAAGCUGGUUUUAGGGUUUGUCACAUUACUUAAUUCGAAUUUCUGUUUAUGGUUUUCAAAUAUGUUCAUAAAUAUAUUCACGUGCAAGUAUAAUGCAUAUUUAUGACAGUUACGUAGUCAACUGUAACGUAAGUUAUUCUUGGAUCAUAUAUAAUAUUAUCUAGUAAGAGUAAUGUAUGUUACAUUCAAUUACUUUAUAUCAUUUUGUUCAUUCAUCAACAUUCACAACCAAGAUUUUAACAUAUUUGUGAUUUCUUCCUGUAAUAUUAUUUGCCAUUCAACACAUUGAUAUCAAUAAAAAUUGUUAUGAAACUAAGAGAA